AUGAAACUGUAUGCCAUUUCAGAUCUCCAUCUCAGCUACAGGCACAACCGCGAAGCUCUAUGCGACCUUAAACCUCACUUGGACGACAGCCUGAUCAUCUGUGGCGAUGUUGGAGAGAAGAUCGAACACCUCCACGAGGCCUUUAAGCUCACGACGAAACUCUUCAAGCAGGUCUUCUGGGUGCCCGGCAAUCACGAGCUGUACACGCUGCCGGGACAUCGCAACCCCGUCGAGGGACACGAAGAGGACGUCCUCGACGAGGAACUCCGCGGAGACUUCAAGUAUCAAGAAUGUCUCCGGGUCGCCAACGAGUACGGCGUCAUCACCCCCGAGGACGAGUACGUGAAGUGGGAAGGAGAAGGCGGGCCCUGCAUCAUCUGCCCCAUGUUUACGCUUUACGACUACAGUUUCCGGCCCGACGACGUGUCGAGAGCAGACGCGUUGGAAUGGGCCAUGGAGGAGAACAUCGUGGCGACGGACGAAGCCCUCCUCCACCCGGACCCGUACGAGUCGCGCGAUCUGUGGUGCCAGGAGCUCGUUUCCAAGGCCGAGGAACGACUGGAAGCCACCUCUCGACGAGGCAUCCCCCUGGUGCUGGUCAACCACUGGCCGCUGCGCCAAGACACCAUCACGAUUCCCAUGAUUCCCCGCUUCAGCCUCUGGUGCGGCACCAAAAAGACCGAAGACUGGCACCGGCGGUUCAACGCCAAAGUUGUGGUGACGGGCCAUCUGCACGUUCGCCGGACGGAUUGGCGAGACGGAGUGAGAUUCGAGGAGGUCAGCCUGGGAUAUCCCAGGCAGUGGCAGAUUGCACGCGAGAAAGGGUUGGACAUUAACGACCUGCUGAGGGAGAUUUUGCCGGCACCAGACAUGCAGGAUCCCGGUGACGGCAAGACCAUCUGGAGACGAUCGGGGCGGCCGUCCAUAGAUCUUGUCAAGAGCAUCAAGGGGCUGGAUUGA